AUGUCCAAUCCAAAUUCGUCUCAUUCUUUAUUAGUAAAUGAAACUAUGGACAUUUUCACUGGUUUAUCUCCGACUGCUGAAAUCAUGUUUUUGUCCAUUAUUAUGAUUACAGCAUUGCUUGGCAAUUUUUUCAAUUUAUGGACCAUUUAUCUUACACCCUCAUUAAGGACUUACAGCAACGUCCUUUUAUCAGCUAUUGCAAUAAAUGACUUCUUAACCAGUUUAUUUGUAAUACCAUUCUUAAUUGCCAUGGUUUGUAUCGGUAAUCAUAAUUCACUUUGUCAAUUGCAAGGCUUUUUAAUCAGCAUAUUUAAUGGCGCAUCAUUUAUGUUAUCUGUAGCGAUAAGUGUAGAACGAUGUCAUGCAGUGGUAGCUCCUUUCACCUACAUUAGACAAACUUCCGCUAGAAAUUAUGCUUUAGGCGUUGUGACUUGUUACAUCGGGCCAUUAAUAUUGGCAAUAAUGCCACUGCUAUCUCUAGAAAAUCGUGGCUUCGGACGAUAUUAUCAUUUAACAACAUGUUGGCUACCAUUUCACGUAAAUAGUAGAAACGAUGCUAUUAAUACUGCUUAUGCUAUCGGUGUUAGCAUAACUGUAGCGGUAAUCAUAUCUUGUAACUUAAUCCAAUUCGUUAUUGCUUACAAUAAAGCUUUCAAAGAUAGAAACCGCUAUCAAAGUAUACUAAUACCAUUAAGAACCAUCUCAUUAAUUGUUGGAACUAAUGUCUUAUGUUGGUUGCCAUUUAAUGUUUUAUUACUCAAUGGUGUUAUUCGUUAUUGGUGUAAUGAAAGCGAUCACACUGUAAAUAAAAGUUUAGCUCAAAUUGCUCUCAUAUUAACUUAUUGCAAUAUCGCUAUUAAUCCCAUAAUUUUCGUUGCUACGAAUUCAGAAUUACGUAAAAAUUUACCGUUGCCAGUCUGUACUUACUACAACAGAGACAAGGUGGUGCCUUUUGUUCGAACUCGAAUACUUUUUAACGUUUAA